AUGGUUGCCAAAAGAAGACCCGGAAUUAUUCUAACUUUGAACAAUAAGAAACAAAAAGUGUCGGAGAGCGGCCACUCUCCAGCCAUCUUACCCAAGGAGUCUUACUUCGACAUUUUAGAAAAGAUCAAUGGUUUGAUAGAUGAAGAAUUUGAUACUGCCAUUGUUGGGGACUUUCUCAAACUUCCAUCAAAGAAGCUGUAUCCCGACUAUUAUCAGUUGAUUGAAUCCCCAAUUUCGAUUAGCGAAAUUAGAUCCAAAAUUAAGAAAAGUGAUGCCUAUUCUACUGAAGACUUUCUUGGCGAUUUCAAACUGAUGGCAGAUAACGCAAGUACUUAUAACGAGUCACAAAGCUACAUUGCCCAAAAUGCUCGCAAGAUCUACGAUUUUGUGGAGGCUGAGAUAAGUGAGGCUAUUUCGCAAGCUGGAGCGAACGAAGGUUCACGGACAAAGAAAAAGCUCAAGGGAAAGCAAGUUUCAACUGAAAAUGAAGCUAGUUCUAGCUAUUACAAUGAUUUGAAAAAUAUACUCAAAGCUUUGGUCAAUUAUAAGCUCCCUACUAGAGGAAAGUUGUCAGUUCCUUUUAUGGAUCUUGUUGACGGAGCUAUGUACCCAGACUACUAUGAGAUAAUAGAAGAAGGAAUGUCCUUCAAUCUUGUCAAGGAGAGGAUAGACGAAGCUUACUACACGAAUGAUCAAGCUGGAUUUGAAAAAUUUAAAAGUGACGUUAGACUGAUAUUUAAGAAUGCACAGACGUACAAUAGUGAGGAAAGCUUGCUUUAUCAAGAUUCGGUUGUUUUAGAGAGUGUGUUUGACGACAAAAUUGCUGGUUUUGAGGCAUCUCACUUUGAUUCUUUGGAAAAUGAAGAAGCAAGUAAUUCUGGACCAAGUACCAGCCACAAGACUUCAUCUAGAUCCAAAAGGACUCCAAUAGAAAGCGAUGAUCGUAGAGGAAAAUCUAGAUCGCAUAAGAAGAAAGGCUAUAUUGAAUCAGACGAUGACGAAUUUGAAGACGAAGUUGAGGAAGACAAUGAGGCCGAAGAUUUUGAAGAAGAAGCAGUGGAAGAGGAAGAGGAAGAGGAAGAGGACAAUGACGCCGAUCAGAAGAAAAGAGGUGAAGAAUUUCGGGACAAGAAGCAUAGAGGUCAACUAGGAGUGGCUAUUCAGAACGUCAAGGAUAAGAACGCUUUCGUUAGAGCCCAUACACAUUCGCCGGAAAACGCUACUUACAUUAAACAGUUCACCAUCUCCUCUAGCACGAAACAGUAUACCCAGACAAAUAGCGAGGGUUAUUAUUCCUUCACUUUGAAGGACCCAUCGGUGAUGAAUACUUUCAGCUUGCCUUCCGGAAUUGUGGGACAGCCGCUAGAUAUUUUCGUUUCUCUAACGAGCGCCAUCAUAAACGAAAAGUACAUCGCCGAUUUGAAGGUCAAUAAUGAAACGACUAAACCAUUUCCGAUUGCAGUUUCAUAUGAUGAGAGAUCUACAGACCACGAUUUUCUUGCAUCCCGAUACGAAGUCAAGUUGGGUCACGGACUAAAUCUUGUGCAAUUCUCUGUCAAAGUACCUGAAUCUAAGAAAAGGGAUAAUCACGAUGAAGAAACCAAGCUACGUCGUCGUGCAGCUACUCUUAGUUCAGCCAACGCCACCAAUAACGGGGAGGAUCAGAACUACGAGACCGAGCAUGUCAAACUUUGGAUUAACGUCUCCCAAUAA